UGGUAUACCAGGACACAGCAUGACAAUGUUGAAGGUUGUGUGUUUGGUAUAUCUCAUAACGUUCUCAAAAGGUGACCAGUGCAGUGUCAACCACCAUUGUUCAGACUGUGACAGAACCGGAUAUUGUCGCACCGACUGUGACACUGGGUAUUUCGAUCAGACAUGUAGCUCAGUAUGCAGCAAGACCUGCAGAAACUAUUCCUGUCGGUUGUCAACCUCUGGCGUUGGUGAUUGCACUGAUGGUUGUGUCCCAGGAUAUCAAGGUCCAGAGUGCGACAUACCAUGUGACAGUCCAGGAGGUAGCUGUACACCAUGUCGAGGUGAUUGUGAUGGAGGAUAUUGUCAGCUGGGCUCAUCCUGUGUGUCUGGAUGUGUACACUCCUACUAUGGGACUGAUUGUAAGUCGUGCUCCAGUGGAUGUAAAUCCUGCAACAGGAUGACAGGAUCGUGCAGAGAGUGCCACCCUGGAUACUUUGGCCCAAACUGUGGGUAUUCCUGUGACCACUGCCUGGGAUCCUGUGAACAUGGAUGCACAGAAGGCUGUCUUUCUGGAUUUUAUGGCGUGUUCUGUGACAAGACAUGCAGUGACAAGUGUGGACCGGACCCCAACAUCUCUACUAACAAACCUCUACUGGCGCCAAACACUGGAGUACGUGACUGUCACAGAGACAGUGGGGACUGUAUCCAUGGAUGUGACGAGGGAUGGCAUGGCCGACAGUGCUCUUCUGUGUGUGGUUCUAACUGUAGAAACUCCAAGUGUCAUAUAGACACCGGGUCGUGUACAGAUGGAUGUGCAAAUGGCUUCUAUGGAGGGCGCUGUCAACUCACGUGUAACGUCUGUCUUGGUGGUGUCUGUGAUCAGAAGACUGGCACCUGUUCCAAUGGCUGUCACCUGACUGGAGGAAGAUGUGACUCAACCUGCACAUCCAACUGUUCCGUGGAGGAAUGUCUGAGACUGGAACACUGCAACCGAGGUAACUGCAACAAUUCUUCUUGGUUAACCAGUGGCCUAACUAUGUGA